AUGGCCAUCACCGGCGGCGAGAAUCGCGACCGGGCCCCUCCCGUCGACGAGGUGUUGCGCAUAGUCCUCGCCCGCCACCGGGACAAGACCUCGACGACGACCACGGCGGCGGCGGCGACAGCGACCUCGACAGCGACGAGCACGAGCACGACGACGCCCCUCGAACGACUGCGCGACAUCACCGAGUCACUCAUCGACGGCCUGCUCGAGGACGAAGAAGGCUCGCGCAACAUCGUCGCGUGCGUCAAGACCGUCCACGUCCUCGUCUCGGUCGACGCGUCGUUGCUGUCGACGUCCAAGGCGACGAUCUUGCUGCCGUUCCUCAAGAGCGCGACGUCGCCGCAGGAGCAGAUCGUCAGCGACUACCUCCUCAAGAUCUUCCGCUCGGCCGUGACGACGAUGCCCAAGACGUCGACCAAGUUCGCCAAGGACCUGCAGAGCGCGUUGAUGCCGAUGCUGAACAAACCCUCGUCGAGCGCCACGACGCUGCAGGAGGUCGUUGCGUGCUACUGUGCCGUCGUGCGCGGGCAAACCCACGAUUUCGGCGCCAUGAUCAACGUCUUUCGCGUCAGCGUCGAGCGGCUGCUUGCGACCGUCAAGAUACUCAUGGCGAUGGCCGCCGGGGGAGCAGCAGCCGCGGUUGUCGGACCGACCAAGGGGGACCCGACCAAGGCGCUGCCGAUCUUGUGCUUUUUGUCGUCGCUGUUUUGCGAGCACGCCAACCUUGACCAGCUGCGCACCCAGUACCCUCGCAAGUCUGGUCUUCCGCGUCCCCCCCCUCUGCCCUUUUUCUCCUGCUGAUGGCUCUUUGUGUUUGUUUGACCCCGUUGAUUGCCCGCAGAAACCAAAGCGCAAAUCAACCAGAUCACGCCCAAGUCCAUCUCGGAGCACGUCUACGGCAUCCUCGUCAAGCUGCACCAGCUCCAGAUCAGCCCCGUCGUCUCGGCGGCGGCAUUGUCGAGUCUCGGUUUCCUCUUUCGCGCGUACCCGACUCUGAUGCUGCUGCCGCCGUCGACGUCGAUCAUGGACGCCAUCUUCGCCUCGCCCGCGCAGCAGACGCAGCUGCAGCUACUCAAGAUCAUGCAGGACUUUUUGGGCAGUCAAGCGCGCGCCGGUGGUCCGACGACGGCCCCGGCGUCGCUCGUCGUCGGCGCCUCGAAAAGGGCCGCCGCCGCCGCCAAAGCCCACGGUGCCGUCAAGAUCGAGGAGCUCGUCGGCAACGUCGACGGAUUCGCCGACUCGGGCGUCGCGAGCGCCAUCAGUCAGCGCUACAUCGACCAAAUCCUCGCCUCGACGCUGUCGACGAACGGUGCGAUCCAGCGCGUCGGCGUCGACCUCUUGACGGCGGUCGCGCGCUCCGGCUUCAGCCACCCGCUCACGAUCGCGCCCUACCUCGUCGCCCUGACGACGAGCCCCGACGCGCAGACUUCGAGCCAGGCGCACGCGACGCUCUCGCUACUGUACCAGAAACACGCGUCGCUGCUGAGCACGCGCUUCCUCGAGCCUGCCAAGGUCGCUUUCACGUUCUCGCGCUCGAACGCGCGUGGCGCGAACCAAUCGCAGCGCAUCACCGGGUACCGCGGCGACCCACCGGUCUCGCAUUUCGGUCCUUGGUACGGUCUCCUGCAGAAGGAGAAGCGCGUCGUACAGCUCGAUUUCCUCAAAACACUAACGCGUGCGCUCGAGGUCGAACCGGGAGCGAGCUGUUCCGACGACGACGUUGCGUUCGUGCGCUACGUCGCCGAGGCGCUCUCGACAUUGGACUACAAGCGCUACGAGGAACCCCUGUCGGUCAUCGCGCACCUCAACUCUGCACUCGCCGUCUCGGGUCUCCAGGUCCUCCACUUGCUCGAAGCGGAUCUGGACGAGGGGGCCGGGUGGCUCGGCGACGAGGCACCCUCUUCAGUGCCGGAGGCCGGGGGCGACGGGGAGCAGUUGCCCGCGACCUCGAAAGGAGGUUCGUCCUGGAUGGUCAUGUUUCGCUUAACGCGCCCUCCUUGGCUGACCGCUGCAUACCCUCGCACCAGAUCGAACCUCACCGGCCCCGAGUCCGGAUCUUGCUCGCCAAUCCGUCAGGUGUGGCAUCGCCUUGCUGCUGCGCGAUCACCUCAAGACGCUGUACUCUAUCACGUGAGUUUUCUGUGCCGGCUUGGUAUAUUGGGUCAAGCGUAUCCCCUGAACUUUGCCCUCGACCCUUGCACCCCAACUAGGGACGCCAAGCUGUCCAAGUAUGCGCCCGGCAAAAAGUCCGCACUGGGAGAUCGGGUAAGGGACUCGAUAUUUUAUAUGAGGUCGGAAAGUGUGCUCAUGUUUUUCGCUUUUCGCGCAGGCCGUCAAUCGUCGCGCGGAGGCGCCGCUCGCGCUCGGGUCGGACGAUUAUGCUCGUAUGCCCUUUGCGCUCGCACCAAUGUCGACGCCGGCCGAGCUGAUUCAGCAACGACACGAGGUGAGCCUCUCUGUUGGCGAGUUCACAUAUCAGUAAGAUGAAACCGAUCAUGAUUUCCUUGUUCCGUGCUAUCUGUGCAGUACAUCCGCAUGAUCCAAGAGGACGGGACGAUCAACGCGCUUGACGAGUCCGAGAUGGAAGGGGAAGAUAUGAAUCCUUAG